UCUGACACCAACAUGAGCAGAUUCAGGUUACAGUGGGCUGAAGAGGACUUCAGUCCUCCUCCUGGAGCGUUUCGACUGGAUACCCCGCAGCCAGCUGAUGACCGGACCUACAUCAUGUAUCACGGCACCACCCGGGCGUGUGCUCAGAAGAUCCUUAAGACAGGUUUCCGUCAAUCUAAAAAAGGGAUGCUUGGUCCUGGGGUCUAUCUCAGCAGAGACCUGCAGAAAGCCAGUCGCUAUCCUAUUGAUCAUCCUGAAGAGGACAAGGUGGUCAUCAAGGUAAAGGUCAACGUGGGGAAGGUGAAAGCCAUCAAUUGCCAGAAUCACCCUCUGCAGAAGACCUGGCAUGAUCAUGGAUUCGACACCGCCUGGGUGCCGCCCAACUGUGGGAUGGUGAAGAGCGGCCUGGAGGAGAACUGCGUCUGGGAUCCCAGUAGAAUCAAGAUCAUUCGGCUAAUCGAACCCACAAAAGACUUCAGUCCUCCUCCUGGAGCGUUUCGACUGGAUACCCCGCAACCAGCUGAUGACCGGACCUACAUCAUGUGUCACGGCACCACCCGGGCGUGUGCUCAGAAGAUCCUUAAGGCAGGUUUCCGUCAAUCUAAAAAAGGGAUGCUUGGUCCUGGGGUCUAUCUCAGCAGAGACCUGCAGAAAGCCAGUCGCUAUCCUAUUGAUCAUCCUGAAGAGGACAAGGUGGUCAUCAAGGUAAAGGUCAACGUGGGGAAGGUGAAAGCCAUCAAUUGCCAGAAUCACCCUCUGCAGAAGACCUGGCAUGAUCAUGGAUUCGACACCGCCUGGGUGCCGCCCAACUGUGGGAUGGUGAAGAGCGGCCUGGAGGAGAACUGCGUCUGGGAUCCCAGUAGAAUCAAGAUCAUUCGGCUAAUCGAACCCACAAAAGUCCGAGUCGGGCCUGGUUAUUCACCUGAUUACAUGCAUUCCGACACCAACAUGAGCUGGUUCAGGUUAGAGUGGGCUGAAGAGGACUUUGUCCUUCCUCCUGGAGUAAUUCGACUGCUUACCCUGCAGCCGAAUGACCACCGGACCUACAUCAUGUAUCACGGCACCACCCGGGCGCGUGCUCAGCAGAUCCUUAGGACAGGUUUCCAUCAAUCUAAAGAUGGAAUGCUUGGUCCUGGGGUCUACCUCAGCAGAGACCUGCAGAAAGCCAGUCACUAUCCUAUUGAUCAUCCUGAAGAGGACAGGGUGGUCAUCGUGGUAAAGGUGAACGUGGGGAAGGUGAAAGCCAUCAAUUACCAGACUCACCCUCUGCAGAAGACCUGGCAUUAUCACGGAUUUGACACCGCCUGGGUGCCGCCCAACUGUGGGAUGGUGCAGAGCGGCCUGGAGGAAAACUGCGUCUGGGAUCCCCGUCGAAUCGAGAUCAUCCGGCUGAUCAAACCCAAAGCUGUCCCAGCCCACCCUGGUUAUUCACAUGGUUACAUGUAAAAACAAGCAGGAAGUGCUUCAUUUGGUACAAUCAAAUGUUUUUUUUUUUAUAUAUAUUUGGAUAGAAAACAUUUUGUACUCUGUCAU